AUGUAUUAUUCAAACGAGCCCACAAAAGAUUACCCUGCUAUUAGUAUAUUUGAAGCUCUGUUUGAGCAAGAAACGAAUGUAUCGGAUGAUCAGAAGCUAUAUGUCGAUUGCGACAACACAGAAGAAUACUUGACUAGGGCAUCGUUGAAGAGGGAUAUACUUCUUUUUGCCCAAGGUCUCAAAAACAAGUACAACUUUGGACCUGGCGAUAUAAUGGCCAUUUGCGCUCCAAACCAUGCAAGUGCAACUACUGCCUGCGUGCGUGCUUUGGAAGGACCAGAAAGGGUUGUGAUGGACAUUACACUUGUCAGACCAAAGUUGAUUAUUUCUCACAAAGAUACCAUCAAGGCAGUUGAAUUGGCAGCCCAGAAUAUUGGUCUUGAUGACACACAUAUUCUCUUGUUUGGAAAUGAAAGUAUCAAAGGUUUCAAGCCAUUCCGUAGCGUUUUAAUGAACCACUCGGUUUUGGCUACUCCUGUAAAGCUCACACCUAAAGAGCUCUCGACUGAGCCUGCUUAUCUUUACUACACUUCUGGUACUUCUGGUGUAAAGAAAGCCACGAUUAUCACACACUCGAAUGUGGUGGCUAUGAUGUAUGCAAAUGACCCGUGGGUUCCUCCAGGAACACCCUACUUGGCUUAUUCAAAUAAUGCUCAUAUCUCUGGGUUGGCCUCUGCAAUGACUCUCUCAAUCAUGCACGGUAUCCGGACAUACUUUUUGAGAAACUUUUCAAUUCAGCGCAUGUGCGAAGCUGUCCAGAAAUAUAAGAUCCGGUUUAUAAUGUCUCAGGCAUGGGUCGGGGCUGCGCUGACAAAAGAAUCCUUUGUAUCCAACUACGAUCUAUCUUCUCUGUUGCUCAUUCUUUCAGCCGGAUCAUUCCUUGAUCAAACAACUAUGGCCAGAUUUAGAGAACGCCACAAUUUUGGACUUUCUAGUGUAUUUGGGAUGACUGAAGUCAUGUCGUGUAUAAAGAUUUCACGAGAAGCCCACAUUAGAGGGUCUGUUGGUAGGCUUUAUCCAGGAAUGAUAGCCAAAAUUAUAGAUGACAAUGGUGAAGAGGCCACAAAUGGAUCUCCUGGCGAGCUUUGUCUCAAGGGACCAACGGUCACACCUGGCUAUUACAGUGAUCCAAAGGCAACUGCUGCAACGAUUGACAAAGAUAACUUUUUUCAUUCUGGAGAUCUCUUCAGAGUCGAUGAAGAAGGUUAUUUUUAUUACAUGUCUCGUAUGAAGGAUCGAAUUACCUACUACUUUUACGAGUUCAGUCCUCCUGAAAUCGAAGAUGUUGUGGCAAAAGUGUCUGAAUGUUGUGUUGUGGGAGUCUACAGUGAAGAGCUUGGUACAGAACUUCCGAAAGCAUUUGUUGUUCUCUCGAAUAGACAAAGCCCUAAAGUUACGGAAGAAGAGAUUCGUGCAUAUGCAGAAGAUCGAUUACCAGAAUACCUGAGACUUAAAGGAGGCGUAGUCAUUAUCGAUGCUCUUCCAUUGACUUUUAUGGGAAAGGUUGAUCGUAGUAUUCUUCGACAGCAGACUGGUAGUCUGGUACCACUUAAACACCAAAAGGUCAAUUCUAUUCUGAAUCUCCCGUCUAUUAUAUCUAUCGAGUAA